AUGACUUUGGAUUAUAUUUCUAAAAUCCCUUUGCACACUAUUGAACACUCGAACGCCAACAAAUGGUGUCCGCCAUCAGAUGCGUCAUUCAAGUCUGAAGAAGGCACUGCCGCUAUUGGUUAUAUAGCUCGUACUAAUUUAUGCCAUGUUGUAUUUGCUGCAGGUAGACAGAUUGAGGCAACUUCAGUACUGGAAGCUGAGGCAAAAGCAAUGAAGGAAGCUAUUGCGGAGGCGCAUCAACAUGGACUUCAACGAGUAUGUUUAGAAAGUGAUUCCUCUCUUCUUAUUCAGUGCUUGCGACAUGUCCAAUCACCUCCAUGGCCUCUGAGAGCUCUUGUGCUUGGCAUAUCUAGCACCAUGAAGAAGUUUGCUGCUACUCAAGUCCUUUUUGUUAAAAGGGAGGCAAAUAUGGUAGCCGAUUGGCUGGCUACCAGAGCUAACUUGCCUCAAUCUUCUGUAUUUACUAAUGCAAAUCGACAUCCACAGUUAUGUCGCCUAUAUUUCGUUUUCAAAUAUCUAUUUGAUACUUGUGGUGGCUGGAUUCCACAAGUUGGUUUUGAUGAAGCAGCAACUAUUGGGUUGCUGUUCCUGUUGGGUGUUCAAUUAACUCUUGGCAAGCGUAUCUACAAUGUGCUUGAUUUUCAUGCCAGAGGAGAUGCCAAAACUGAUGACACACAAGCAUUCCUGAACGCGUGGGAAGCAGCGUGCGAAGAUUCGGCAUAUUCGACCCUCCUCGUCCCCUCGAAAAAGACCUUCUUGUUGAGCAGAAUAACUUUCGCGGGCCCAUGCCUCAAUGGCAUUCACUUUCAGCUGAGUGGCAACAUCGUCGCGCCAAUUCGCAAAUGGACAUCAGAGCAGACCAACUUGGUGACAUUCAUCAACAUCAAUCGCUUGACGGUGGACGGGGGCGGUCGCAUUGACGGUAGAGGCUCCGUCUGGUGGGAUUGCUUUGCCGAAAAUACGUGCGACAACCGCCCUAACUUACUAGCAUUUUUGGGCUGCGACAAUCUUUCGGUGAUGGGAAUAAGCUUGAAGGACAGUCCGAGCAAGCAUAUGACGUUCUAUCAGUGUCGCGGAGUACGCGUGGAGGGGGUCACCGUCACAGCGCCUGGCGAGAGCCCCAACACCGACGGCAUACUCGUCGCCUUCUCCCAGCACGUGCAGAUCACGUCGUCCACCAUCGGUUGCGGGGAUGAUUGCAUAGCCGUCGCAUCUGGAAGCUCGGAUGUGAACAUCAGCAAGAUCACUUGCGGGCCGGGACACGGCAUUAGCAUCGGAAGCCUUGGGGGAGGCGGCGAGAAAGCGGCGGUAGAGCGAAUUCACGUCUCUUACUGUAAUAUUUUUCAGACUUUGACUGGUUUGAGAAUCAAGACAUGGCAGGGAGGAUCUGGUUAUGCAAAGGCGAUUUCAUUUGAGCACAUUAACAUCUCGUCUGUUCAUAUCCCCAUUAUUAUUGAUCAAUACUACUGCCCUCGCGAAAAUUGCCCAAAUAAGACGGGCGCAGUGGCAAUAAGUAUGGUGCAAUUUGUGGACAUACACGGGACAUCGUCGGGUGAAGAGGCUAUAAAGAUCGCGUGCAGCAAAACCGUAGCUUGCAAAAAGCUCGUUUUCAGCAACGUGGCGCUUGAUUGGGAGGGAAAAACAGCUCCGGCGAAAGCCACAGGAUUCAAUGCCCAUGGUAGAACUAUUGGAAGGGUCGUCCCCCCAGUUCCCCUCCUUAAAUAACAAGUUAAGUUGUGGGAUUAAUCCUCUUUGUUGUGUGUGUGUUUUUUUUUUUACUAAUUUAGUAGAGUUUAGA